CUGAUGCAGCGUCAUUGCAUAUGUAUUGUUGUUUAAUUGUUCAAUCGUUGUUCAAAUUGUGUAUAUGUGUCAUAUUGUACAUGCAUGCUCAUUGAUAUCAUAAAUAUACCUGCGUUAAAAUGGCAGAAAUAUCAUUUUCUAGUCGUGCAUAUUGCAAGAUUAUUUUGCAUACAGCUAAAUAUCCUCAUUGUGCAGUAAAUGGAUUAUUGUUAGGCAAACAAAUUAACAAAAGUGAUGGCAAAUCUGUUGAACUACGAAUUGAAGAUGCAAUUCCGCUUUUUCAUAUUUGUCUUCAUGUUUCACCCAUGGCGGAAAUCGCUUUAACUAUGAUUGAUCAGUAUGCUAUUACCAAAGGUUUAAUAAUUGCAGGAUAUUAUUUUGCAAAUGAAAAUAUAUAUGAUAUAAGUGUAGAUAAACCUGCUCAUAGAAUAGCAGACAAAAUAGCAGAAAACACUGGCAAUACUUUACUUGUUGCAGUAGAAAACAAAGAAAUAACACUUAGUAUGAAUUCAAAUCCUUUGAGAGUAUUACAGUACAUAGAUGGCAAAUGGAAACUUAAAGAUAUAACAGAUAUAUCUUAUGACAAGGGAGUGAUGCAUACAGAUGCAUUAUAUUCUUUAUUGAAAGCAGAACAUUAUAAAAAUCUUAUAGAUUUUGAUAAUCAUCUUGAUGAUAUUUCUCUUAAUUGGCAAAAUCCCAAAAUUGAUAAGAUUAUAGAUGAAACCAUGGAAAAAUACAAAUAAGGACAAUUAAUUAAAACAGUUUUCUGUGAAAUUAUAUCAAAUCUUUUCAAGUGCAUUUAGAAAUGUUUA